AUGCAUAAUGUUGUGCACAUUGAUAAGAAAUGGUUCAAUAUGACGAAGAAAAAUAAGACCUACUAUCUGUUGGAUGGGGAGGAAGAGCCUACGAGGCAUAUACACGGCAACUGUAUUGCCAAGGUGAUGUUCUUGACGGCUGUUGCUAGGCCAAGGUGGGACAGUGAAGGAAACAUGACCUUCUCUGGGAAAACCGGUAUCUGGCCAUUCGUGAAAGAAGUUCCUGCUCAGAGGAGAAGUGAUAACAGGCCUAGAGGUACAAUAGAGACAAAGUCAAUAAAGGUCGAUAGAAAAGUGAUGAGGGAGUUCCUGAUAGAGAAAGUCUUGCCAGCGAUACAGGCCGUUUGGCUCGAAAGUAAUGCUGGACAGGCCAUCUACAUUCAGCAGGAUAAUGCUAAGCCCCAUAUCUUGCUAGAUGACCCAGAAUUUCUAGCCGCUGUCGCAAAAACUGGACUUGACAUCAGAAUAAUACAACAGCCCGCCAACAGUCCUGAUCUGAAUGUGCUUGACCUCGGUUUUUUCAACUCGCUGCAAUCCCUAACAGAUUGUCUGAGUCCUAAAACACUACAAGUCCUUAUUAAGGGUGUUUUGGAGGAAUUUGAAGGCUAUGAGGUUUACAAGCUCAACAGAAUUUUCCUAACUCUGCAGACAUGCAUGAUUGAGAUCCUGAACCAUGCAGGGGGCAAUGAGUAUAAAACACCACAUGUGAACAAAGAAAGGCUUGAGGGUCUUGGGCAGCUACCUCCAAGACUAUCAUGCCCUCGAGAGGUUUACACAAACGCCCUACACAAUCUAGAGCUAAUGGAAAGGGUUCAGUAA